AAAUUCUUUUAUUUCAAAAAUUGGGAAAUUUUACCUCAAAAACUUUUCUGUCAGAAAUUUAAUUCGCUGAGAAAUGCGUUGCAUUAUUCUCAUUUAGUUUCCUUUUCAUAAAAAACUUCAUGUCUGAUGUGAACGAAGAAUCCUUUCUCAAAGGAAGUAGUAAUGACAGAGGUCGUCAUCCAUUACAGAGAAGAAAGUCUGAUUCAAAUCUACUUGAUAUCAAUACCAAAAAAGUUGAUACCCCACAGCAAAGAGCACACUCGCCAUAUACCCGGAAAAGUAGUACUCAGUACUUUCAACUGAAUAAAUCCAUAUCUGUCACUAUGGCUGAGAGACAGUUGUCUAAACAGGCAGCUGCUAUCGAUAAGGAUAAAAACAACGGUAGUAUCAAUUCUCAAGAAGAUACAUUUUAUCGCGCAUUGGAAAUAAAGUUUCACCAUUCAGUUGGCAGCAUGAGUAUAAGCCCUGCGUGUCGUGAUGUUGUUCUAGCUGGACGACAAGGCUUAGUUAUAAUUGACUUGGAAGAUCCAUGGCUGAUUCCUAGAAUCUUACCACAUAUGUCAAAAUGGGAGGUUGCUGACGUUCAGUGGAGUCCUCAUAUCCUCAGAGAAUCAUGGAUUGCCUCAACAUCAAAUCAAAAAUUACUUGUUUGGAACUUAAACUAUUCUGGUACAAGAGCUAUUGAACACGUCUUCCAUGCCCAUGCAAGAGCAAUCUCAGAUAUAAAUUGGUCCCCACUUCACCCUGACAUUUUAGCAACCUGCUCGGUUGAUACAUAUGUUCAUUUAUGGGAUUUACGGGAGCCACAAAUAAACUCCCAAGAUCAAAAUGAUGAUAGGCAAAUGAGGCCAACUUUCUCCUUUACUCCAUGGAAUGCGGCUGCAACACAAGUUAAGUUCAACAGGAGAAGUGAACAUUUGAUAGCAUCUGCUCAUGAUAAAGAAGUGAAGAUUUGGGAUUUACGAAAAGGUGCUGUACCAGUCACAAGUAUAACAGCACAUUCAAAGAAGAUUUAUGGAAUUGAUUGGAGUAGGCAAAACGAUCAUGAUAUUGUUACAUGUAGUUUAGAUAAGCUAGUCAAGUUCUGGAAUAUUCAUUCACCAGAUAUUGAGGAAGAAGUUAUAAGCACAAACACACCAAUCUGGCGAGCAAGAAAUACCCCUUUUGGAAAUGGUGUCCUAAUUAUGCCUCAGAGAACUGAUUCUAAGCUCACAUUAUACAAUCGAUCAUGUCCAGAAACGCCUGUGCAUGCAUUUGACGGACAUAAAGAUACGGUGAAAGAGUUUGUAUGGAGAUGGAAAGGCGACAGUGACGGGGUGGAAGGCGAUGAUCGGGAAUUUCAGUUGGUAACGUGGUCGAAAGAUCAAAAUUUGCGUCUAUGGCCUGUAUCCGAGGACAUUAUGCGAUCCAUGGGACAUAAACCCUCUGCUUCUAAGACAAAGCUGUCAAUGCCUGCUGUAGCUUUCCAAAAGAACAGCAAUUACUGUUCUCAUUCGUUCCAGCAGGAACCCAUGGAGAAAUCGUCAAACGAGUACUAUCGUUCAUCCUUCCAGUCCACUACACCUGUUCGGUUAACACCGAACAGUAAUUUGGGCGCUUACAGAUCAAGUAUACCCAAUACUAAUUUUACUGCUGGCUUCGAACAAGCAAAUGCUGCUUAUCGUGAACAAAAAUAUUCUGCAAUUAACCCUUUGCUUUGGAUGCAAAAUGUGAAGACAUUAGGACCACCUCCGGGUACGGAUAACACAAACAAUAUUAGUACACGGCUGGAUGCCAAUGGUGAGAUCAUUAGAGCGACAGAGAAUACUUAUCAGUCUGUUGCAGAGGAAAUGUCCACCGUCCUCAAUAAAUAUCUCCCUGUGGGCGUUAAAACAGAGAAAAUCAAUGCUGCAUCUCGCACUUGUACAAUAUCUUUACAUGGCCCAUGGUCAGAUACAGGAGAUGCUCUCAUACGAAUCACCAUCAAGUUCAGCCCGCAAUAUCCUGAUAAUAGUCCGCCAGAAUUUGAUAUUCAGAAAAAUAGUAUGAUAUCUAUCUAUUAUCGCGCGCAUAUGACAAGAGAUUUAAAUGCUUUAGCAAACAGUUAUACAUCACAGAAAAAAUGGUGUUUGGAACCUUGUCUUCGGUAUCUUUUGGGAGAAAGUAUGCAAGAAGAAUCGGAAUUAGACAAUCCCAAUUCAUCCUUUGAUUCGGCUGGCCCUCAUGGUAUUUUGGGAAGUCCGGGUUAUUAUAAAGGUGGUGCUGUUUCUUUGGAUGCUGACGAUUCAGAUGAUGAGCUGGGCCCCGGGUGGAGCAUUCGGGACACUUAUCAUUUCGGAAAACGUGAAAGUAUGACAAGCGAAAAGGGUAUUAUGAUGGAUAUGUCAGCCAAACAAAGCUCAGAUGCUAAGGUCCCUUUUCCUCGUCUCUGCGGUGGCAUCUUCUCGGGCAGCGGACAAUUGGUUUGUUUCUUCUCUACUUUACGAGUGCGCGACAGAAAUAAGAAUAACCGAGUCAAAGAGUCUGUUGGUGAUUUAUCAGUAACUAAAUCAACAGUUCAACAGCAGCAACAGCAGGAUAAUAGCGGGCAGUCGCAUCAAAGUGAUCACAGCAACGGGGAAUACUUUGAAACAACAUAUAGUGAUUUUUAUAGGCAUCCAAAAACCUACGAGCAGUUUGAAGAGUAUAAGGAGAUUGCAGCGAUGUCUCGUCAAGGAAAAAAUGCAAACGUGCUUGUCGGCGGGUCUGGCAGAGUCUUUGGGGAAUAUGAAUACGACGAAGAUCACGAUGACAUGGAUGAUGCGCUCAGUACGGUUGGGUCCAUGGGCGGCGUAUAUUAUAAAACGGAUAAUAUCACUUUGGAUAGCCCCAUAGGCUCGGGAGAUGAUUUAUUGUAUCACGGUACCAAAACUGAUCGAAUUUCGCACAAUGUGGUUAUCGUAGAUUACUCGGACAAAAUGCCGUAUAGUCCAUGGCUUGCCAAAGAAUAUAUACUGUCUUCAGAAGACCCCGUUACCGCUUGUAUUCAUAAUGCUGAAGUUUGCAGGAAAUAUGGUAGGCUUGAUCUCUAUAAAGUCUGGUGUGUUGCUGUUGAAAUCCUUCGAGAAUGUGUGCCUUCUGAGCUGCCAGAUACAGAUCGUGUUAUCACGGAUGGCCGUCAAAUGUUACUUGACAACUUUAACUCGGAAACUAUAAUCAAUAACGAAAACUGGCAACGCGACCGAAAUUUGAUGGAAGUGAAGAAGAUGCUUUACAACAAUAAUUUUGUGCCUCAUCUACCACAACAAACUUUAAAACCUAUUAAGCCAUUGCAAAGAGUUAAAUGGGGCAUACAUCCAUUAGGGCAGAAACUAGUCAACGAAUUGUUACAGCACUUUGUUAGUAUGGGAGAUAUACAAACGGCUGCUAUGUUAUCGUGCACAUUUCAAGUGCAAUCUAACAAAAUUCCCACUGCCUUCUUCGGUCAAAAACCUUUUGUGCUAAAUGUCAAAACACCAGCUGAAGUAGCACCUGAAAUGGAUUAUUUCUCCUUACGUGCCUCUCAGCGAUGUGCAAAUGAUGGAUACCCUUAUCAACUUUUACGAGCCAAUUCAGGCCCUAAUACCAAUAAUGCAGAAAAAAUAGCUAUUACUCCUUUGAGUACCUCCUACGGUGCUACCAAAUCAAAUAGCCUUUUGUCCUACAUACAAGAAGCCAGACGUCCGUCUCCAAUUGAUAGAUCUCUGCUGGAUCCUCCUAUUCUGAACCCCACAAUGAGACGCAAUUCGCGCCUUACACGGAAAUGGACAAAAAGUCAUCCUAAAUUAACCAUACCGAGCAAUACAGCACCCGGGAUCCGUCUCAUGGCAAGUGAUAUGCUGGAAACCUCGCCAGCUUUAGCUUCACCCAUUAUUGUAACACCCAAUACACCGCUUUUCAACAAAGAGGGACGUAUAAUUGAAAAAGAACCCUCUGAAAUCAAAAUCGAAUUCACCAACAUGGAAUACUUUGAUAACGAGCGUUUUGUCGUAGAAAAAAGUGGUGCUAAUGGUGCAAUUGCUUAUGAUAGUAUUUCACUGAUGGACCCAGGGGGAAUGGCACAGCGUGAUGUCCUUUGUCUCAGGUAUGCAGAAAUGCUUUAUUGCUGGCAUUUAUUAGAACAGCGCGCCGAAGUCUUGCGAUUUUUAAAUUACCAACCCUUCCCGCUUGAGGAAAAAGAAGUGAGGUCAACUCAUAUACAAGUAUCGUGCUACUCCUGUGGUACGGAGCUAUCUUCGACUACUGGCAAUGUUGAUAACGAACGAUACUGUUGUUUGCAAUGCCGAAAAGUUCGUAAAUGGAUUCGUUGCUCGUUCUGUCAUAUUUUGGUUAAAGGGCUGGUAAAUUUUUGUAUACAUUGCGGACAUGGUGGACACAGCGAACACAUGGAACAAUGGUUUGUUACAAAUCGACAGGUGUACUGUAUGACGGGAUGCGGGUGUAAGUGUGCUUUGGAGUCAUUAGAUUUGCAACGAUAAAAUAACGAUAAAAUCGUCGAAGAAGGCACCUAAGCUGUAUACGUUUUUCUUUUUAUUAUAUUUACAAAACGGUGUUAU